AUGUUCCAACUGUCAUUGGGUGGGCGGCCACUGAACGUGAACGUCACUGUGUGGCCGCUCUCGUCGCUCGUUGUCCCGUUCAUUUCGUUGAACUUCGUUUUACUGGUGAAACUCCUGCGUAGAGUGCCCACUCCCAAAAGCUUGACUUGCACGGACGCCGAAUUUUUUUUUCAAGCACGUCCGCGUUGGUCGUCAGCGUGUGCCUGGUGGGGAAGUUCACCAACAUCACCCCCUCAGCUGCAAGAUAUUAUGGCGAUCGCUGCGGUUAUAUUUUGUACGGCCGCAGCACGCUGCUGA